AUGCGCUUUUCCGAAAUCUCUCUCCUUGCCCUUUCGGCCGCGACGGUGGUCGCUGGACACAAGCAAUACCACAAAUCCACACUCAAGACCUCUCCCGCUCUCCUGGUCCGCGAAGAGCCCAAAACACUGCACAAGGGUCUUGCCAUCAGCCACCAGCUGAUGGCUCGUCAGGGCUCUGCCGGCGACUCAGACUACUGCUCGGGCUAUGGGGCGACAUGCCAAAGCUGCUUUGGCCCUGAUUACGUUGAAUGCUCUGAUGGUGUGACCUGCUACGACCCGAAUGACUCGACAACCAGCUGUGACGACUCAUCCAGUGGCUCCAGUUCUGGUUCUUCUGGUUCCGGCUCUGGUUCCGGUUCUGGUUCUGGUUCUGGUUCUUCGGGUUCUGAUGGUUCUGGCUCUGGCGGCUCUAGUUCUGGCUCUGCUGGCGGCGAUACUGACUAUUGCUACGGAGAGAGCUGCUCAAGCUGCUUCGGCUCGGGAUACAUCGAAUGCUCCGAUGGCACAAACUGCUACGACCCCAGUGACUCCAACACCUACUGCCCAUCAGAUGAUUCUGGCUCCGGUUCUGGUUCUUCUGGCUCUUCUGGUUCUUCUGGUUCUGACGGCUCUGAUUCUACCACUGCUUCCCCAUCUACCCCAACAUCGACGUCAGGUCUCGGCAGCAUUGGUGAUCUUCCUUCAGAUUCAUCUACAUCUGCCGACAGCUCUGUUGAAACAUCCUCUUCAGACUCCUCAUCAGGCUCCUCGUCAGGUUCUUCGUCGGGCUCUUCUUCCGGCGACUCUGGCUCAUCUGGCGAUUCCAGCAGCUCGGGAUCGUCAUCUGGUAGCUCUGGCAAUUUACCCGACUCGAUUGCACCAGCAAUGUCUAUCCCGAUGGGUCUCUCCAUGGGACUUGGUGGCGCCGUUCUUGCAGCUAUUGCUGUGAUGUAA